GAUACCGUACGGUAUUGAAUGGCGAGACAGUGGUUUUUUCACAAUGCCCUGGUGAUGAACUGACACUCGAGUGUUUUAGUUUUUUAUUAGAGGAUAUUAAUUAGCGAAAAUACGAGCAAUCCCAGAAACCAUGACCAUGAGGUGUUCAUUAUUUAUUGUUGUGGCAUCAGCGCUAUACGCGUCUGCCUCAAUUCAAUUUGCGGUGUAUUUCCAAGUUCAAUCUCCACCGAGGAUAUCGAAACAACCACCGACUGAUGAGCUCCUCUUUCAAGUGGCCCAGGCCAAUCAGAAUGAGAACGACAGACCUUUUCUAAUUGAGUGCGAGGCGGAAGGCGAGCCAGCACCGACCUACCGUUGGAUAAAAAACGGUGAAGAAUUCGACAUCCAGCAGCACGAGGACCGGAUAACGCAACAGCCAGGUCGAGGUACCCUGGUGAUUUCACGACCACGUGACGAAGAUCUCGGCCAAUACCAGUGUUUUGCUGAGAAUCAAUGGGGUAUAGCCACCUCGAAUUCAGUAUUCGCUCGAAAAGCGGAAUUAAACUCCUUCAAGGACGAGGACCCGAUGACCCUGACGGCCCAGGAAGGAUCGCCCUUCAAGCUGACAUGCAAACCACCCGAGGGCUGGCCAAAGCCAAACGUCUACUGGUUGAUUCAGGACGCCGCGGGUAUAAUAAAAUCCAUCAACAACUCCCGCAUGACACUGGACCCUGAGGGAAACCUCUGGUUCUCAAACGUCACUCGAGACGAUGCCUCCGAUGACUUUUACUAUGCGUGUUCAAUUUCCUCGGUGUAUCGAAAAGAAUACAAAGUGGGGAAUCGAUUUCUUCUCAACGUGAUACCAAACGGGCCCUUGGCGAUACUGAAAAAACACCCACCGGUCGCACAAUACCUCUCGAAAUCAAGUGAAGUGGCACUCAGGGGGAAAAAAGUGGAGCUCUUCUGCAUCUUCGGUGGUACACCCCUACCUGAGACUGUCUGGAGGCAGAAUGGAUCGCGAAUAAAGCCGAACGAUCGAGUUACACAUGGCAACUACGGCAAAUCCCUUAUAAUUAAACAUGUGGAUUUUCACGAUCAGGGAAAAUACACUUGUGACGUUAGCAAUGGCGUUGGAAAAAAGGCUAGUCACUCGAUUGACUUGACAGUCGUGGCUGUACCCUUCUUCACCGUACAGCCUGAGAUUCAGACAGCCGCUGAGGAUGAGACCGUGAAUUUUCAGUGUGAGGCGUCUGGAGUUCCCACACCAAAAAUUGAAUGGAUUCACAAUGGGAAACCGAUUUCACAGGCACCUUACAAUCCUCGUCGCAGAGUCGCUGGUACGAGAAUUGUUAUCGAAGGAGUGACUAAAAAGGACACUGGAAAUUACGGUUGCAAUGCCACUAAUUCCCUUGGAUAUGUCUACAAGGAUGUGUACGUGAAUGUUCUGGCACUUGAGCCUGAGAUAACGCAGCCACCGAUGAACGAAGCCACAGUAGAUGGCACCACAGUCACAAUGACAUGUAGAGUCUUCGGGGCGCCAAAACCCACCAUCACGUGGAGAAAGGGAAGUCAAGAGGUGGGUGAAGGAAAAUUCAGGAUCCUGAAUACUGGAGACUUGGAGAUCAUUAACGUGGACUUCAGGGAUGCUGGGACGUACACCUGUCACGCGGCCAAUAAAUUUGGAAAGGUGGAUGCAUCGGCGAAUCUAGUUGUGAAGGAGCACACGCGAAUCACUCAGAAACCUGAAGACUACGAAGUUGCUGCUGGAGACACAGCGACAUUCCGGUGUAAUGCAGUGGCUGACUCAUCACUCACACUGCAGAUCGAUUGGCUUAAGGAUGACGAAGUAAUUGACACCGAGAACGAGCCCAGACUCGUGGUGACCAAUGACUUUUCUCUCUCAAUAUCGAAAACGACUGAGUCGGACUCUGGAAUUUAUUCGUGCCUAGCGAAAACCGAGAUCGAUGAGCAGAAGGCGCAGGCUACUCUGGUGGUUCAAGACGUGCCUGAUGCACCAGUCCUCACGAGCAACGAGUGUUAUGAGCGCCAUGCAAGAUUAUCCUGGCAACCAAGGAAGGACAAUCAAGCCCCCAUCUUGCGUUAUACUCUGCAGUACAAUACAUCUUUUACUCCAGACGCCUGGGAAACAGUGUGGGAGAAUAUCUCAGCCAUUGACAGAACCUCCACCAUUCCCAUGUCCCCCUGGGCAAAUUACACCUUCAGAAUCAUCGCCUGGAACAAAAUUGGUGCCUCGAUUCCCUCAGCUCACUCAACGGUCUGCAGGACUCAACCUGAUUUCCCCCAUAAAAAUCCAUCCAAUGUCAUGGGUAAUGGCACAACACCCCAGAAUCUCGUCGUCAGUUGGACAGUGAUGCCUCAAGUGGAACAUCAUGCGCCUGGAUUCAUGUACAAGGUCUUCUACAGGAGGGAUAUACCUGGGGAGGAAUGGCAGAGAGUUGAUGUAUGGAAUUGGAAGGUCAAUAGGUUUGAAGUGGAUAAUCAGCCGACGUAUCAGAGGUAUCAGAUCAAGGUGGUGGCGCAGAAUGAGAUGGGUGAGUCCAGGGUGGUGCCUGAAAUUGUGAUUGGUUACUCUGGUGAGGACCAGCCGACGACAGCACCGGGUAAUUUUACGGUGGAAGAGGUGAAAUCCAGUACCACUGCUGUAUUGUCGUGGUCUCGCGUACCUCUGGAAUCGGUUAAAGGGGAGUUGAAAGGCUACAAGGUGCAGACGUGGACGGAGCGGGAUGGGGAGGAUGGCAUGAGGGAGAUUACGCUCGAGGGGGCUACUGGUACUCGCGCUAUUAUCGACAAGUUCGUGCCGUUCAGUAAGAACUUUGUGAGGAUGUUUGUGUUCAAUGGGAGGUUCAAUGGUCCACCCUCUGAGACUCUGAGCUUUGAUACACCUGAAGGAGUUCCUGGGACUAUUCUCAGUCUCGAUGCCUAUCCCAUGGGCUCCAGUGCAAUGAUGCUGAGGUGGACCAAGCCUGCUGAGCCCAAUGGACGACUCACUGGGUACAGAAUUUAUUACGAAACAAUCAAUGGAACUGAGGUGGGAGCUCUUGUCGAACGACAACCCAGGGUACUCCAGCCUGAUGCUGACUCUGCUAAAAUCGCUGGACUCAAUCACGACACGAAAUAUCGUAUUCACGUCAGGGCGACUACCAAUGCUGGAGAGGGUGUGGAUUUUUAUGUGGAGGAGAGCACCAGGGAGUCCAAGAAACCUGAUGUACCCACGUUCAGGUGGGAAACGAUACCCAAGGAGAAUGGACUUGCCAAUGUCAAGGUUGUCUGGCUGCCUGACAGGGCUGGAUAUCCUGGCAGCAGCUUCUUCGUUAAUUAUAAAUUGCAGAAUCAGGCGGUUGAGGAUCGCACAGAGCCACAACUACUGAGCAAUGAGAUAGAGAUCAAAGGGCUACGCAGUGGGGAAACCUAUGAGAUGAAUGUCGUGGCAGUCGAUGGAAAGUACAUGACACCCAGCAAGUGGCAGCUUGUCGAGACCAGCAGCGAGGGACCUAUCAUUCAGCCCAAAGAGAAUGUCGCUACUGCUGGCUGGUUUAUUGGUAUGAUGCUGGCUAUAGCAUUCCUCUUAAUGGUGCUGAUUAUUGUGUGCGUGAUAAAACGCAAUCGUGGUGGGAAAUAUGCCGUGCACGAACGCGAAUUGGCAGCUGGAAGGGGUGACUACCCAGACGAGGGUGGAUUCCAUGAAUAUUCACAGCCCCUGGACACGAAAUCGGCUGGGGGCCGUACCUCUGUCGCGUCAUCGUCUCAUCAGGAUGGAAAACAUCCGGAAUCGGACACUGACUCCAUGGCUGAGUAUGGCGAGGGUGACACUGAGGGCAUGAAUGAAGAUGGAUCGUUCAUUGGUCAGUACGGGAGGCAGAAGAAGCCGGAGCCCAAUUCUCAGGCAUUCGCUACGUUGGUUUGAGGGCGUUUCACGGAAGAUGGAUCAUUUAUCGGGCAGUACGGACCAAAGAAUCGCCCCGAUGGAACUCCAUCUCUCCAAGCUGGUACGAUGGCGACGUACGUCUAAUGAAUGACAAAAAAAAAAUACUAAAAACCCAGUGAGUUGAAGUCCAAGACUUCAACGCGAGUUCAUGCCCAAGAAUGGGAAGCAUUCUUACCUGCCGAUACUGCAGCUAAUUAUUAAAAAAUACUACACCUUGCGCCGGGCGCAAUGUCCACUUCUUACUGCCAAUUAGAAUUUUUCCUUUAUUUUCGGGUUUUAUACGUUUGAUCACCAAAUUGACUGAAAUUCAGAAUCUCACGAUUUACGAGAGAAAAUGAUUCAAGACUAUUAUAAACUCGAAAUUGUCACGACAUAUCGUUCAUCAACGACUCAACAGAUAUUUUGUCUAACGAAAAACAACAGUUUAUUGACUGUUUAUUUUUCAUUAACAAUCGUAACGAUAGUCCAUCCACCAUUUACCCACAAAAUUUAAUUUCGUUAGUUAUAAAACCCAAAGGCAUUAGAUGUUUUUUUCUUAGUGGGCUAUUUACAGAGGGAGAAUAAUUCGUGAGAGCUAAAGUCGUAUUAGAGAAUAUUAUCGCAUCACCGGAUGCUUUUUUUCGAAGCCUUAAAAUUAUAAUCAUCGUCCAGAUUAAUCACUCAUUCCAGUCAUGAAAAAUAUCGUAUUUACCUGAUUGGAAUGGAUAAUUAAGGCUGUAUGCUUGUGCAUUAAUUAUUUCAAACCGAUUUUUUCGAUUUUAUUCGGCCUAGAUUAAUUAGCUUAAACAGGGUAACACGCGUUACGUUUUUCCUAUUGACUAUGAAAGUUAAAAAAAUGAGUUGGCUUGGCAGUCUGGCUCCUCGACUGAAGUUAAAUUAUUUCCUCUAUUCUGUUCGACUAUUGGUGAGGCGAAAUGGUCAAUGUCGUAAUUGAAGUGCUCGGGAUAAAUAUAAAAAAUUUAAUACACUAAAGAUUCUAUUAACUGCUAUUAAUAUUGAAUUUGUAAUAAUUAAUACGAAUUUUCAACUGGACGAGGACGAAAGCUGUGACGUGUCCCAGAAAUUCAGAAAUAAAUUAAUGACAAAUUGCCGAGAAUACACGUCGCUGGUUCGAUCCGCAAGUCAUGGCGUAAUGUUUUCUUUACUUUUUUUAUAAAAAUCUCGCGAUUGGAGUAAUACAAGACUUUUAAUAUUGAUCAGAGAAAGAGAGAGCAACAGCAAAUUAAUAUUCAUUCGUUAACUGAGUGUCGCUGGGUGUUGCUUUUUCUGUGAGAACACGCUUACGUCGAUUAUCCAUUUACUAUUACUAUUUAAUUUUCUUGAUUAUUUACUUUGGCACGCCAUUACUAGAGUAGAAUAAUUAAUAAUAAAGGACUAUUUAAUAUAUUGAAUCAUUGAAUAUAUAUAGAAUAUAUUAUAUGAGUUAGUGUUAGAUUUUCGAGAGAAAGUGACACGAGAGCAGCUAUUAUAUUAGAAUUAUUGCAUAUGUAUCUAUCAUUGAUUCGCACCAAAUGACACGUAGAUUUACGUUGAGUUGCGAUGGGUUUUUUUUCUUUGAUUUAUUUUUUUUGUUUUGUGUAUAGGAGAUGCUAGAGAAAAAGAAAAAAAUGGGCUCGAAGAAAACUCAUUGGACGCGAGAGUUAUUGAGGUCAAUCGGCGAAUUAUUUCGUGUAUUUUUCUAUGAUAUGAAGACGCAUAGAAUAAUUGACUAGUAAAUAUUUACCCAGUCAACCCCCCGAAAAUCAUCUGGAAUCUCAGUCUAGAUAAAAGCUACUCCGCGUAAACUUCCAGUAUUUAUUUGAAUUCGAUACGUUAGUUACUUAUGACAUUUAUUUUCUAUAAUUUUAAGGCUUCCCUUGAGUGUUGCGUUGUAAAAAUUCCUUCUUUGAACGGUUAAUCAAAGUUCAGAACAAUAAAUUUAUGAGAUAAUUAGAGUCGUUGCCAAUUAGUCAUUGAGGAGAGUGAACUUUUGCAAUGGAAUAUCUCAAUGCUAUCCAUGUCUGCAUUUUAUGCUAAAUAAGAAGAAAUAAAAAUGGUAAAACGGUACUCAAGCGAUAUUUUGUAUGAAAUAGUAGAUGAAACUGCCUGUGUUCGAUUUGUCAUUAAUUUUCAUUCAUUGUGAUUCAACUCGGGAGGAAUAAUCAUUCAUUGGAACGAAUUAUUUGUCUGGAGCAAUAGGUAAUAGACAAUUUAUAUGAUCGGUAUUAUUUUAAUUCAUGAAGUUAUCGAGACAAAUUGGCGAACGAUGCUAUUCAUGUUGAUACGAAUGGUUGUAAUGAUCUUAAAAAUAUGUACACCGAUAGAAUAAGAGAGAAACAUUUUUUGUUCCCUCCCUGAAAACACAGGGGACAGUUGCACCAUUUUUAUUAGUAUGGUUGACACUUUCUGUUGUUUUCUACCGAGAUACGAGGACAGUUAGGUGACUAUAGAAUUUUGUAUUAAAAAAUUAUUCAAGUCAAAGGGACUGUACAUCAUAAAUGGCAUGACAUCAUUUUUACCCUGCGUUGUUAGAGUUCUGAGAUGACUCUAUUCAUUUUUUUUUAUUGAAUUUAGUUGACGAGGUAUUGUCGAUCUUUAAUAACGUGCAUUCCAUCAUACGUCCAUGUAACAUCUCCCAUGUCAAUAAAAGAAUUGAAAAAAAAAUCUCCGCUAUUUUUCGUUCCAUUUCCUGCCUUUGAAAAUUCAUUUUACAUGGAUGAAAUAAAUAUAAGCAAUUUGUGUACUGUUAAUAUAAAUAUAUUUUUCCACGUAAUCUCCAUCGAGAGAUCAAAUUAUGCGGGAGUUGCCAGAAUUCACGCACUAUUUCGCAAUGAAUUUUUGAUCGCACUCUCUUGGGUUUUCAUUUACAAUCAACAAGUUGUAGAUAUCGUAAUACGGACAUCAUUUUUCAAAGUCUCGGGGUCAAUUGACAAAUAUUGGCAUCGAUUGGACAAUUGUUCAGUAAAAAAAGACAAAUAGUUAAGAGUUUGUAGAGUAUAAAAUUAAAACGCCAUAAAAUGCAUGUUUUGAUGAUGUUUCUUUGAAAAAUACAAUUAAUUCUAAAUAAUGACGAUGAAUUUGGAAGUUGCAUGAUAGUUAUCCCUAGAAUACAUUAUUUCGGAAGAUAUAAUUUGGAUUGCACAGUUAUUUGUUAUUGAUCAGUCAAAUGCUGAUGAACAAUACGAGAAAAAUGCGGUUGUUGGGUCAUCGCAAUAUUCUCAAAACCAUGUGCGAAUAAUCCUUUUAAAAAAUCACUCAAUAUGAUUAACAAUUACCUAGUGUAUCGUAGAAGGCACUUCCUGUUCAAUAAAACGAGAAGAGUCACGGCACAAAAUAAUCGAAGAGCUGUCUUAACAAUUAAGAGAGA